GGUUUUUAAAGUUUUUUUUUUUUGGUUUUUUGAGCUGAAAAUUUUGGAUUGAUUUGAGAACUUUUAAAAGUUUUCAGCAUUUGAUUUGUUCAUUCUGUUCAAGUUUUGAGCUUGCUGAAUUGUUGGUUACUUUGCUUUUACAGUGUAAUUUUAGCGUUUCUUUUUCAUUUUGGACUAAUUUUUAUUGUUUUAACUUAUGGGUUUUUAAGUUGUGGUGAAUUUGGAGUUGUUUUGUUGCGUAACUUGUCAGAUUUUGAGUUCUUGGUUUUUUUUUUUUUUUUCUUGUUAAUCAUUGUGAAUUCGUGUGUUUUCUUGUUGGAUAUAUGAAUUGUUUGAAUUUGUAGAUCCAUGUUAAAAAAACUGUGUUUUGGGUUCUUGAGAUUGAGUUUAUAUGUGGAAAAAGGGCUACCCAACUCUUGGAUCUGUUUUGGUAGUAAUAAAUUGAGUAUCAAGGGCCCUUUUUUUGUUUGUGCAAAUAGUUCUAUAGCUGCUCUAUUUUUAGCUGUAUAAUUAAGCAGGAAUACUCUAUAGAUUAAUUAAAAGUAGUUUUGGACUUAAUGGUCUAGCUAGGAAGUCUCUUCUGGAUGUGGACCAAUGAUUAGUUAAGCAAUAAAUUCAAAGUUAUGACUUUGAGAUGGAAGUUAAUGUAUCUUGUAUGGCUGCUUUAUCAAGGAGAGGUUAAUGCCGAAAUUUUUUUAACAUCCUAUCAAGAUUUUUGCAUUCUGACCAGAUUCUGAACUUAUGCUGCCUCUGUGCUUGCGAGGGGUCCUCUCUGCAUUCUAUUUGCAUGUUAUCAUUUAUCUUCGGACCUGCAUAUUUAGUAUAAUUCUUAUUUAUGUUUUUUUUAUUUUGGUAAAUCCUUGACUAGAGGCUCAUGAUGAAGCUUUUAUACAGGUUGUUACAGGCUAAUGUAUUUUUAGAGAAUGCGACAUGCUUCAACCGGCAUACGGCAUACCCAGAUUUAUGUCCUUUUCUUUGUGCUUCUAAAAUAAUUAUGUUAAGGAAAAAGUCAUCGGACUUGGUUCAAGUCUAACCAGCAUGUUAGCAGCAAGUAUGAUCACGGAUGUUGAAGUAUCGACUGUAAUUAAGAAGAGGAUCUUGUAGUCUGAAAGUUACCCUGUGUUAGUAAAUAUGCCUACAUGGUGGGGGAAGUCUUCAUCCAAAGAAGACAAAAGGAAAGCAAGCAAGGAAAGUUUCAUUGAUGCUAUAAACCGUAAGCUUAAGAUCAGAUCUGAUGAAAAAUUCACUAGCAGAUCAGGGGGCUCUCGAAUACGCCGUAGUGAUACUGUUUCAGAAAGGGGAUCUCUGUCUCGAGUCCCGUCAAGAUCGCCAUCACCCUCCACUAAAGUAUCACGCUGUCAAAGUUUUGCAGAAAGGCCUCAUGCCCAACCACUUCCACUUCCUGUUAUGCAUCAUGCUAGUGUUGUGCGUACUAAUUCUGGAAUUAAUGCAUCAAUAAGACCAGGAUUUGACAGAGGUUCAAGCCAGUCACUGUUUUUACCUUUGCCAAGACCUGGACAACUCUCUAACAAACUGGGUCCUAUAGAUGCUGAUGGAGAUAUUGCUACUGCUUCUGAUUCUAGUGAUAGCUCCAUUGAUAGUGAUGACCCAUCUGAUUCUCGUCUGCUUAGCCCCCUGACAUCUGAUUACGAGAAUGGACAGAGAACUGCUGCAAACAGUCCUUCUAGCAUAAAGCACACAAAUCCUCUGCCUGUGGUCAAUCAGAAGAACUCAAAAGAGAUACUGAAGCCAGCUAAUAUAUCUUUUAAUAAUCAGUACCUAUCCGCAUCACCUAAGCAAGGACCAUUGAGCAAUCGUGUCCAGAAUUUACAGACUCCUCAACGUGGUGUUUUCUCUAGUGCUCCCGACAGCUCAAUGUCAAGUCCUUCUAGAAGUCCUAUGAGAGCUUUCUGUCUGGGGCAAAUUUGGAACUCUGGUCCAUGUACAGGAAAGCCUUUCUCUGACAUAGCUUUCCUGGGAUCUGGACACUGCUCUAGUCCAGGUUCAGGCCAUGAUUCAGUUGUUGGAGAUAUGUCAGGACAGUUAUUUUGGCCACAAAGUAGGUGUAGCCCUGAGUGUUCGCCAAUACCUAGUCCUAGAAUGACAAGCCCUGGUCCCAGCUCCAGAAUACACAGUGGUGCUGUCACCCCUUUGCAUCCGUGGGCUGCAGGGGCUGCCACUGAGUCACCUACAAGCCGAUCUGAUGAUGGGAAACAGCAAAGCCACAGGUUGCCUCUUCCUCCAAUAACAAUACCUAAUACCUGCCCCUUUUCUCCUGCCUAUUCAGCAGCAACAUCUCCAUCGCUACCCCGAAGUCCUGGUAGGGCAGAAAACCCAGCAAGCCCUGGCUCCCGCUGGAAGAAGGGACGAUUGCUGGGGAGGGGUACAUUUGGGGACGUCUAUCUUGGUUUUAACAGUGAAAGUGGGGAGAUGUGCGCAAUGAAGGAGGUAACUUUGUUUUCUGAUGAUGCUAAAUCUAAGGAAUGUGUACAGCAGUUGGCACAAGAAAUUAUGCUGCUAAGUUGCUUACGUCAUCAAAAUAUAGUGCAAUAUUAUGGAUCUGAAACUGUAGAUGGUAAACUUUAUAUAUACUUGGAGUAUGUUUCUGGUGGCUCCAUCUGUAAACUACUUAAAGAGUAUGGUCAGUUUGGUGAAAGUGCCAUUCGGAAUUAUACUCAACAAAUUUUGUCUGGGUUGGCUUACUUGCAUGCUAAAAAUACUGUUCACAGAGACAUAAAAGGAGCAAACAUAUUGGUUGACCCCAAUAGGCGUGUGAAAUUGGUGGAUUUUGGGAUGGCAAAGCACAUUACUGGGUCAUCUUGUCCAUUGUCGCUCAAGGGAAGCCCCUAUUGGAUGGCACCUGAGGUUAUAAAGAACUCAAAUGGAUAUAACCUUGCUGUUGAUAUAUGGAGCCUUGGGUGCACAGUUUUGGAAAUGGCUACCACAAAACCGCCAUGGAGCCAGUAUGAAGGGGCUGCUGCUAUGUUCAAGAUUGGCUAUAGUAAAGAACUUCCGGCAAUUCCUGAUAGUCUUUCAGAUGAGGGAAAGGACUUUGUGAGGCAGUGUUUGAAAAGAAACCCAUUACAUCGCCCUACAGCAGCUCAGCUUUUAGAGCAUCCUUUUGUAAAAAAUGCUGCACCAUUGGAAAGACCCAUCUUUAGUGCUGAUGCAUCAGACCCAUCACCUGCAGUUACCAAUGCAAUGGGAACACUGGGAAUUCGAAAUACAAGAAAUCCUUCAUGCAUAGAUUCAGAAGGGACGGCUAGCCUUCCAUUUAGAGAUUUAAAAACAGGAUCAGCAUCCAGUGAUGCUCAUACACCUAGGAUCGUGUCAUGCCAAGUUUCUCCCAUUGGCAGUCCUUUACUAUGUCCAAGGUCACCGCAACAUAUGAGUGGAAGGAUAUCCCCCUCUCCUAUAUCUAGCCCUCAUACUGCCUCUGCUUCAUCAACUCCUCUUACUGGUGGUAGUGGUGCCAUUCCAUUUCAUCACCAAAAACAGCCAAUGACCUACUUGCAUGAAGGUAUAGGAAUAAUCCCAAGAUCCCAGAAUAGUUUCAAUGGAAAUGCUAGCAACCCUUAUCAAGAACCCAAGCCUGACCUGUUUCGAGGAAUUUCACAUGCCUCUAAUGUUUUCAAAGAAAUGAUUUCAUCAGAUAGUGGUGCUUUUGGAAAACAGUAUGGACGGCCUGGCCAUGGGGAUCACGGGGAACUUUAUGAUGGACAGCCAGUCUUGGCCGAUCAUGUUUCUCAGCAACUCUUGAGGGACCAUGUGAAGUUGAAAUCAUCACCGGACCUCAAUCCGAGUUCAUCAAUGCUUGGUCGUAAUGGAGGAAUCUAAUUUGCUCCAGAAUCCUCUCUCAGGGGAGGGCUUCCAGGCAUUUUAGAUGCUUUUUGGUGCUCAGUGUUGUUUUGUCCUCAAAUUAAGAGCACAGAUUCCAAUUUCCACGCAGAUAAUACAUGCUUAGUUCUGGAAAUUUGAGUGGAAGAAGGAGAUAUGAUGUUGAAGUGGUCCUUUGCUUGGUUGUUCGAUUCUUACAGCAAGCAACAAUCAACAUGCAAGAUGUUCUUGGAGGCUGGAUGUUAGCUGCAGUCUUAAAAAUGUCUCGUUGUGUCAGUGACCAAGACUCUUCACCUUGCUGGCACAUAUUUUCACUAUCAUAGUUGGCAAUCUGUGUCACUUAUUAGUAUAUUGUGCGAUGUCGAGGCAAAGAAGAUCGACACCAAGCUCACCUCUGGAGAUUGCAGUUCCUUACAAAUGAACGCAUCUGCUAGUGUAAAGAGAACUGUACAUUUAAUUACACCUAAGAAACACAUAGUUAGAAGAGCUAUUCUUUUCCAAUUUUUUCCCUUCCUCUAUAACUUUUACAGGUGGAAGGACAGUGGUUGGGGAUUAUAAAAGUUUUGUACAGAAGGUGGGGAACCAAAACCAUAUCUAUGUUCUGUGAAGAUGACUAGUGAAAUUUGCCGAGAUUGAUUCUGGUAAAAAAAAUUUUCCCAUCAGCCUUUGCAGUUAAGCCAAAAACUUUAACUGCAGCUGCUGAUAUUUGAUGCAUCUUUAUCACACUGGCAGCAAAUUGUUAAAUUCUACUUUGACUUGGAUUUACUUUCCAACAUUGGGAAAUGAACUAUAUGCUGUACAUUUUCCGGACAUAACAAUGUUGAAAAAUCGCUAGUCUUGCCUAGAUUACUUCAUUAUUUGCUUUACCCAGGUUGAGUACCUAAUUCUAGUAAUUGACCCAUGAUUUACAUGUUAAGGUGGAAAGGUGGUUUAGUUUUGUUCCAGAUAACCGACCCAAAUUGUUACUCUCUCGUUCAAACUAAAAAUUGGAGACGAUAAUAUGGAAACAUGAAAAUGGUGAAGACGAAGAAACUGAUAAAAAAUG